GUUUCUGGAAAGCACAAGGGGCAGUAAUUUCUGGAACACCUAUUUCCAUGCUUCUGCUAGGAAAAGUCGAUUUGAUUUUUAUUAAUUGGUCUGGAGCUUUGCGUGUGUGAGUGUGUGUACAUGUAAAAGAUCUUCUGUGUCCCUGUUUUGUCAGUGUGUCUUCCUGCAGAUGUUGAAAAUGAGAGGAGAGAGAUCACUAGAGAUGGUAUUUAUAGAGUCUGUGUCUGUGGUGCAUCUCCUCACACACACACACACACACACAGACUCUGGGCAGUCACACCCUCCCGCAGACACUGGCCGUCACACAGAUGUGGAGAGAGAAGGCGAUAACUAGAGAGGGUAUUAAUAGAUCAGGAUGGUAUGCACACACUCAAUGAUGCAGCAAGGGGAUGCGGUAGCUCCUAGAAUAGGCUCAGUGUAGCGUGAGCCUGCUGGUGGGAAGAGAUGAAUACAGAUUAUUGGGGAUAGAAGCAAUUUUAAACUAAAAGCAUGGGAGAGAGAUGAUAGAGACAGAUAAUAAAAAGGAAGCAGCGUGUGACAGCCAGAGAAGACUGACAAGCUGGAGAAGUUCAAAGACGCAGGACCUGGUGACACAUCAUCAGCUAUCAGUCCUUCACUUAACAUGCCAUUCACAUAAACUCCCUCUUUCUAUACUCCUAUCUUCCUCCUGUCUUGCUCUCAAUCUUGAAGCAUCUUUCGUAUUCCCUCCUGAGAAACGAAAGAAAUGCACCCCUGUACAUACCGACAUAUGUGUGUUUGUCAAAGAGAGGAGGUGAGGGACGAUGCCUGAUGGGCCUUUAUCUAGUAUGAGUGGUUAUUUAAUUAUCCCAGAGUAGAGAAGGUGGCUGGCUGGAGGGAGGUGGAGAGAGGAGGGAAAGGAGCAAGAUGAGGGGAGAUGCGACAGAAAAAGAGAGAGAGGAAACGAGGCGUGGCCCUCUGUCUGUGUGACCAUUGAUGCGCAUUCAUGUAAAACCUGUCAUCCUGGAAUUCUUCAGUUGGACAUACUGUGCAUCGAUCAGCUUCUUCCUUGACUUACUCCAACAUAGACGACAUGCACAGCAGAAACAAGUUGCCGAUCAUUGUUGGAGGAACAAACUAUUACAUCGAGUCUCUGCUGUGGAAGAUUCUGCUGGAUUCAGGGCAGGAGAAUGAGGAGCCGGAGGCAGGAGGAGAUGCAUCCCCAAAAAGGAAGCUGGAAUUGGAGAAACUGGGAGGGCCGGAGUUACAUAAACAACUAGCCGAGGUGGACCCUGAAAUGGCGGCCAUGUUACACCCCAAUGACAAGCGCAAGAUAGCCAGGAGUCUUCAAAUCUACAAGGAAACAGGCAUCCCCCAUAGUCGCUGGCUGGAGGAGCAGAGAGGCCAGGAGGGAGGCAGUGGUCUUGGGGGCCCUCUAAGAUUCCCAGAUCCCUGUAUCUUUUGGCUGCAUGCUGACAUGGAGACUCUAGACAAGCGGCUGGAUGAUCGCGUAGAUGACAUGUUGUCUGCAGGACUGAUUGAGGAGCUCAGAGACUUCCAUGUUCAAUACAAUCGUCAGAAAGUCCAGGAUGAUAGUCAGGACUAUCAGCAUGGGAUUUUCCAGUCGAUUGGCUUUAAGGAGUUUCAUGACUACCUGACUACUCCUGAAAGCAUCGUCCUGCAGGAGAAGGACAUACUACGAGAAAAAGGUAUAGAAGCUUUAAAGAUCGCUACGAGGCGCUAUGCCCGCAAACAGAAUAAAUGGGUCUGCAACCGCUUUCUUAAACGACCAGGAGUCAACAUCCCAGCAGUGUACGGCCUGGAUGUGACGGAUGUUUCAAGGUGGGAGGAGACAGUGCUGAACCCUGCACUGCAGAUACUUGACAGUCUCAGUAAGAAUGAGAAGCCGGCUGUUGAACCAGUCAGAGUAGAGGGGGCGGAGCAGAGAAACAAGCGGAGCUGCCACACCUGUGACCUGUGUGACAAAGUGAUCAUCGGUGACCUGGAGUGGACAGCUCACCUGAAAUCCAAGAAGCAUCACUAUCAUGUGAGGAAGAAGAGGAAGGCUGAUCCAGCCUGUGACCAGUCUCUGAGUGCUGGUGCACCUCCUAUCUCGGGAGGAGAGACUGUCUCAAAGGACUUUUGUGCUGCUGUUGCCCCGGGCUGCAGUGAAACCUCUAAGGACUCCUCUAAAAACACCAGGACAACGCACAAGGAAGUACCUGUGACGUUUUAGAAGCUGCACUGCCUCUGGACUACUACUAUUUACAUACAGGUUGCACAAAUAUUUCCAAUGCAAUGUUUCCUCACAGUCCUAAUAGGGAUACUUCAUUGCUUCCCAUAGAGUUGAAUGGAAUUAAUGGCGCUGAAUUGUACUGGCCUGUUUGCAUUGUAGUGUGGAAUCAAAAAGAUAAAGUAGAUGUUUUAUGGAGUGUUUUUUUACUCCAUUUGCCUACCUGCAACUUUUUUUUUAAUAUUUAGAGAAAGGUUUAUUUUUCUAUUGUGUUUUAAAUGAUGUGCCAAAUUUUUAUAUGCAUGCGAUCAGCUGAAAAUCUUCCUAAAAUAUUUCAGGUUCUUUCAGGUAAUUCAAGCUUCAGGCAGGAUACCUUACUUAAGUUAUACAUUUUCAAUAAACUAAUAAUAACAGGU